GCCUGAGCCGAUUAGCCUCUUUAAUAACUGGAAGUCCAAACAAGACUUAUAAAACAACCAGUAAACAUGGCGGCGAAGAAUAGCGCGGAAGAAACGGUCAAAAACGGUCAGGGGUCCGAUGACAAUGACAACAUGUCAACGACUGAAUACUGCCAGCGGCUGCAGCAGUGGAUGUGGCGCUAUUACAGUGGCUAUGUAAGCUGGCAGAGCUGGGUGUUCCUGUCCGCGCCGCUCUUUCCUCCGCCCGCCGGCGCGACGCCCGCUGACAUCGCCGCUUGGUGUAACCAGAUGAGCAGCCGCCCAGCAACCGCUGCCGCAUCCAGCAGCGCCGAGAGAGCACCAGCACAGCCGGCAGGUAGAGAGUACGCCAUCCCCUCCCCGCUCCGUAGAUUUCUGGCAGAAACUGUGGAUUUCUUCAUUCUCUUCUGUGUUAAGGCAACCAUAGUGUUGUGGAUCAUGCAUCUCAGUGGAAUGAGAGAUAUUUCCAAAUUCAUGAUGCAGUUUAUCGUGGAGGAGAUUGAUGAGAACACGUCACUGGAGGACCUGCAGAAGAUGAUGGUCGUGGCUUUAGCAUACAGAGUCCUAGUGUGUGUCUAUGAAAUCAUCUGUAUUUGGGGAGCUGGAGGUGCCACUCCUGGAAAGUUCCUGCUGGGGCUUCGAGUCGUCACAUGUGACACGACAGUCCUAGUGCAGCCCAAUCGGGUUUUGGUGGUACCGGCAUCCAGUGUCAGCUUACCUGCUUCCACAGUACGGGCUUUAAACAAAAACUUCUCCAUCGCCUUCCUGUUUCCAAUCUUCAUCACGUUACUAUUUUUCCAGCACAACAGAACUGUUUAUGACGUUGUGGCUGGAACCAUCGUGGUUCAGAGGAGAAGAGCCAGAUGACCAGUCUGUGUGUGUCAAAAUCAUGUGAAAACAGCCCCUGUCAAGCAUCAAGUGCUUACAAAUGUUCUCGGUAGUUUUUUUCCAAUAAUAUCCAUAUAGUAUUUCCUGCAGAUUUGCACUAAUGAUCCAUGUACAAAGUCUGAUCACAUAGCUAUUGUUUACAGCACUGAGAAGUGUCUGCGUUCAUAGAAAAGUUACUGAUCCCUCAACAGACAGUAUUUCAUGUUGAAUGAAGAGUGAUAUCAAGCUCAAGACACGUGCUUUA